AAAUUCAAAACUCAGAAAUUCAGAGAGAGAGAGANAAAAAGAAAUCGGAGGAAAACAAUGGAGAGCCGCCGACCAGAGGGGCCGACCGCGGCGGUUUUAGACCCAGAGACGGAGUUUCUGGCGUCCAAGCAGGAGACCGGAAACGAGUGGGAGCUCUACAAAGAAAAUGUCCGCCCCUUGAAGCGCGGCCGCAACGUUGGCCUCCUCAACGGCGCCCUGAAAUCGCACUCCGAUUCGCAACUCAGGAACUCACUUCUCCAACAACGGAGGAGAUUAAUCGAGGCGAUUGAUGAUUAUACCGGAGAAGACCCUCUUCAGCCUUGGAUUGAGUGCAUCAAAUGGGUUCAGGAAGCCUUUCCUCCUGGUGGUGAUUGCUCAGGGUUAGUUUUGAUUUAUGAACAAUGUGUGCGCACAUUUUGGCAUGAAGACUGUUACAAGGCUGAUCUUCGGUACCUAAAAGUGUGGUUAGAAUAUGCUGAAAAUUGUGUUGAUGCUGAAGUCAUAUAUAUUUUUUUGGAGGCAAACAAAAUUGGAGUGACACAUGCAUCAUUUUACAUCUCCUAUGCACACCACAUGGAACACAAGAAUAAAAAUAAAACUGCAAAUGACAUCUUUAACCGCGGGCUAUCUAAGUUUGCCGAAGGAGAAUUUACCGAUAAGGGCAAAAUGGAGAUCCUCCAACAUUUUAGAAAAUUCCAGAAGGAUUGGGCCUGGGAGAGUGAAAGGUGGUUUGGGCUUGAGGUGGAGGCCCAAUGGAGAGAGGUUGAGGAGAAAGCUCAACCAGUUGAAAAGUUAACAACAGCGUACAAGAAAUUUCUUACACGUUCAAUGCGACAACUGAAUGCCACAGAUGAGGAUGUGACAGAGAACCACUUACCAGCUCGAAGCUUUGGGACUGUGUUGACCAGGCAAACAAGAAACCAACCUUCUGAGAGUUCUGAUAUUUUUAGGAAAAAGCCCAAGACAGACAGGGCUCCUGGAACUGCAUUGUCCAUUUUUAAGGACAGCAGCAAUAGUUCACUAGCGGAUCAUGGGCCCCAAGAUAUGUCCAAGUUCGGCUUAAAACCAUGGCACUCACUCGGUGCCCGAGCAGAAAGAAACAAAGAGAAUAGUGCAAUUCCUUCAAAGUGGACGUCAACUAAGAUUCCUAACAAACCUGGUCAAAGCAUAAGAAGACCACCUCCAGGCCCAUGCCUUGAGAUCUUUGUGGAUGAAGAAGAAGGCUCGAGACAAGAUAAACGAGAAAACGAGGGGGAGAAGUCUUCUGCUCUGCAGCUCAGGCCUGGGGACGGCCGAGAUAUUAAGAAAGAAACCGAGCUACUGAGGGAGAACCCGCUGCGUAAUUUUCCUCCAAGUUCUUUGCCCAGAUAACAUAACUAACAAACUUUUGUGUCGUAUCCUUUUUCUUCAGUUGAUCAGCUUAACACACUUCUAAGCUUGAUCUGUAUCUGAGUGUUUGUUGUCGAGUGAUUCAGAAAAAAAAAUUGAUUCCUAUUCAUCUUUUUCGCUGUGAGAAACAUAAUUGUUGGUAUGUGGAUGAUGUUUGGAAAUUUCAAAUUUCUAUUUGGCGCCUGUUUCUGCUACUCACUUCUUGUGUGCUUCUCUUGUGAUUCCUAUAUACGUACACAUUGAUCCUGAUUCAAUUAUUCAAGGACUUAUAUAUCCUUCUGCU